CUUUUCCCCAUCGUCUCUGGGUGUUGCUUCGAUCUCGAGACGGUCCCCCUCCUCGUUCCUCUUUGGGCGUUCAUGGUUCCUCCCCUGUUACUCCGACGAGAGAGAGACCCUAAAGCCGCUCUCUCUCUCUCUCUCUCUCCCUCUCUGCGCCGGGAGGGGGGAGUUGUGGGCGUUUGCGCAUCAAUAAUGGCUCUCUGCGCGUCCGUCUCAGCAGCAGCAGCGCCCAAGUGGCAAGCACCCCCACCCCUUUCCCACCCACCCAAACGCAAGAGACUUUUAAAACUCCCGCUGCAAACUCCCCCCCCCACUCCCUUCGCUGUCUGGAAAGUUCCCAGGAAAGAACAGAACAGGAACGAAAGGCCUUCCUCCACUCCCGCGCCCGCACCCAUUCCCACCAUAGGCACCAACCCCCCCGCGACAACAUGGCUGCCAACGCCGCUGUCUCGCUCCUCAACGCCGCUGUUUCCCACCUGACGACACCCUCGUCGGUGAGUGCAACAGCACAGCAGAACGGCACCUCCUCAACAGCAGCAACCCACGAAGGCCACACCGAUGGAGUCGAGCACUCUCAAAAUGGAGACAGUGCCUCGACUUCCUCCUCCUUCGGCCUCCCCCUGGCUCCCCAUCUCACUGAGGAAAAGGCUGUCGGCACUACCUCCAACGGCGUCCAUACUCUUGCAAUCGACACAGCCGUCCAGACCCCCUCCCAGGACACCGCAGAAGCGUCCGUAGACACCUCCGACCUGGAGACGCUAGUAGCCCCACCCGUAAACCUGGCCCGCCGCCCGACCAUCGAAAAAUCCACCGCGGUUACAAACGUCGCAGCACAGCAGAAACUCGUCGACGACCCCGAACUCCGUGCCCUCCUCAACUCCAGCGCCCAACACCCACACGGCAUCCUCUCCGUCGCUCCCGCCGCAAAAGACGACCCACUGCCAUCCUCCCACACAUCCAAGCGACCCGAGAACGACUCCUCCUACCCUGGCGCGGCCCGCACCACAUCCGUAAAAGUGCAAAGCGGCCACAACGACCCCAAACUCACCGCCGAAUCCCAGGCUGCGUCCGUGAUCACAUCCGCCGACGAUCUGCAUGAGGCUAUCGUCGUGCUCCCCACCCACUACGUCUUCAUCUUCUCCAACCCGCGCUCAGGCAACCAGCAAGGCUCACCUCUCGUGCACAUGAACGUGCAGCACUACCGAAUGCGCGACAACCCCCACGUCCAAGUCCAAGUCUACGAUUUCCUCGACGAAAAAGAACGUUCCGCCGGUCUCCGUCUGCUCAACCUCGUCCUCAAGAAACACCCCAUGAUCAAAGAGGUCCACGUCUGGUCCGGUGGGGGCGACGGAACCCUCAUGGGCGUCGUCGAGGGCCUCAUCUCGAUGGGCAUCGACGUCUCUAACGACGAGCGUAUCCUGUUCAGCGUCAUCCCCUUUGGCACGGGCAACGACCUCUCGCAGGUCCUCGGGUGGGGCCGCUUCGUCUCCGGUAAAGAUGUCGCUGGGCAUCACCUCGAUGGCCUCAACAAGAUCGUCACCGACCGCUUAAACGGGUACAAAACCCUCCUCGACAUCUGGGAAGUCGAAAUGACCACCCACUCUGGCGGUUGGAUCCGCGAAGCCGGCAAGAAAAAGAUAACCCACCUCAAACGCAAAAUGUCAAACUACUCCUCCCUGGGCCUCCAAGGCCGCGUCGGCGUCGGCUUCGAAGAACACCGCCGCGGCUCCCGCGUCAUGAACGCCAUGGAAUACGCCCGCCAAUCCAUCGGCGUCCUCCUCCACGGCGCACCCCCCAUCACCGAUUCCAUCAAAUCCCUCACCGCCGACGGACACACCUACGACCUCACCGGCCCCAAGAAGCUCCGCGUCACACAUGAACCCAUUGAAUUGGUCAUCGCCAACAUCCCGGGAAUGUGGGGCCGCCAUGUCGACCUCUGGGGCGUCGCGGAGAUGUCCCGCUCCAUCAUCCGUGAUCAACGCGGACCCACAGAUAUCGAACACUGGACACCCCACACGGCCUACGACGGCAAGUUGGAAGUCUUUGGAAUCGCAUCUCUGAGAUCCUACUUCCGCAAACAAUUCAGCUUCGGCCGCAAACACCUCCAACGCGUCGGCCAGUUUGCGUCCCCAUACACCAUCGAAUUCAACCCAAACUCUAGAUUCCACGCCAUGAUCGAUGGUGAAUUCUACGAGGUCUCCAACGCGCACACAUUAACCUACACCCGCGCCUUCCAGAUCAAACUCAUCGGCAACGACCCGGGCCAUUCACGGUUGGUCUCGGACCUUGAAGCGCAUAAAGCGGAUCUCCCCGGACCAACGGGGGAGGGUAUCCACCCCGGCGUGGAUUUCGUAGUGGGGAAGACGGAGAGCGGGGUCGAGACUGAGGAGGAACGGAGGGAGAGGAGCCUGACUCCCCAUGGGAGUGAGAGGGGGAGUGGGAGGGCCAGUUUGAGGUCGAAGGAUUCCCGGGGGGUUUUGGGAACCGCUUCGCCGUUGGGAGAGGCGAGCAUGGGCGCGUCAACGAUGACUGUGAACACGGUUGCGACGGACGUGACUGCCCGCACCACUGCGACGACCGCGACCGCGACGACGACGACGGCUGACGGGGAAAAGGCGGAUAAGAAGAAAUCGCUGUCCAAAUCGUUCCGAAACAGUUUCCUCAAGAAAGUCUGAAAAACCCCUUUACUCCAAACAUCAUCACCCACCUUUAUUUCAAACAAUUCCGCGCACACCCCUCGCAACACUUCACGUACCCCUUUCACCUUUCCGGCUUCUUGUGAACGAACUCAGUCACGGAUAGUGUCGUGGACUAUUUUUCUUGGCGUACCCAUGGACUCUCAACUUUUACGGCGUAGGGUUCAUUCAUAGAUAGCGUCCUUCGGAUUAGCUGCCCUAGAUUUACAGUAAUAUGGUUUUGUGUCCCCCCCCUUUUUCUCUGCUAGAGUGGCUAAACCCCCACCCUCAUCUAUUUUCGCACGAUGGCCUACACCUUUAUUUUCAUUUCAUAAUACUCGCAUUUUUUGAGCCAAAAAUUCGUGCA